CAGGCUUUAUUACUCGUUCUUUGCCAUUUCGCAGAUAUCCCAAAGCCGAUCAGCUCGAACUUAUCUCUAAUAACUAAUUCCACAAUCACCCUCUACACUCCAGCCAUGAAGCUCGCAAGCGUAAUAGUCUUCUCCUCCUCCCUUGUGGGCAUGGCUUCAGCAGGCUACCUGAUCAAGAGUGUGCCCGCAAAAGUGAUACCGAGGGUAAAACCAAGAAGCCCGAUCAACGGAAAACCUGGGUGCGACAACAGUCAAUGCCCUCCACCUCCCGACAUGGGGUGUUUGACCUCGACCAGGCACUCUAUCGAGUGUGGCAAUGGCAACGACGAAUGCUGGAUUAUUCCACGCGACUGUGCCUCAUUGUGCCGAUGCGAGUUUUAUAAUCCUUACAAUGACCUGUUGGAUUCUUGCGCUCGUGGUGUCCCAGGAACAGAUAGUUAUGAGUGUGUCUGUCUUUUCGACUGCGAUCCUUUGGGCCCUAAAUCAGGCAAUGGUCAAUGUACGGCUGAUCAGGAUGCUUGCAAGAGGUCGUAG